UCACUCCUCCACCCCCACCCCCACCCCAGCCAGAUCCUGUCCACGCCUCUGGGGUUAAGAAGACUUCCAUCGUAGACUGUGAUCAAUUUGUGGAAUACUUUGUCUCUUUGUUGCGCUCCCCCCACUUUCCUCCUGCCCUAACCACCCCAGAGAGGGCAGGGGGCGCUGAGGCUCAUACCAGGGCAACAGGCCCUAACCCUGGAGGGGAGGAGAUGAGGGGUGACUCAAAAGGUCAUGCCAUCGCCAUAGUGGCGGCAUUACCCAACCCGCUAAAAAGGAAGCUAUCCCUUCAGGAACCCGAGAACAGAGACCCCUGGAACUACGAGAGCCGACAGUUCACCCCCAACUUCCAGAACCCUAACCCCAACUUCCAGAACCCUAACCCCAACUUCCAGAACCCUAACCCCAACUUCCAGAACCCUAACCCCAACUUCCAGAACCCUAACCCCAACUUCCAGAACCCUAACCCCAACUUCCAGAACCCUAACCCCAACUUCCAGAGUGUUACCCCCACUGCCAAUGCCACACUAGCCCAGGGGGGUUACACUGGAGGGGUUACAGUUUCCUCUAGCCCUAACCCCACUGACCCACAGCCCCCAGAGAUUCUACCUGGUUCCACCUACCCUGGUUCCACCUACCCUGGUUACACCUACCCUACUUACACCUACCCUGGUUCAGGUUACGCUGGAGUUGUCAGUGUUAGUCAGUUCACUUCCAACUCCCCCAUUAACCCUAUCCCCAGCCCCAGUAACACACAGUCACAGGCAAGGUGGUCUGGGGGCAACUGGGGAACAGGCUACCCAGGGGCAGGCUAUGUUACAACGGGUCAAGCUGGUACAUCCUACCCUGGAGCUGUCUCUUCUGGAAGAGGAGCGGGCUACCCUGGAGUUCUGCUCUACCCAGAGAUGGGCUACUCAGACAUGGACUACUGUGGACAGGCUUACCCUAGGUCUGGGACUGGACUCGGCUCUGCUGGGACUGUUAUGCCCCCAGGAAGCCUCUACUCUACCACACCAUCUCCAGCCAACCCCAGCUAUUUGGCCUUGACCCAGCCAUCAUUUGACCCAGCCAGCUACUCCGCCUGGACUGCUACUGUCACCGGGGUUGCCAUUGAAACCAGCACAGCAGAGUAUCUGCCACGCCCUCAGUGAGGACCCCGCCGGCCUGGAUAUCCUUAAUGUGAAGCACUGACUGCUGGACAAUCGCUGGACUUGGAGGAGAUGCACACACAUAUACACACACACACAGAUUGAUAAAGUAAAAUUUUGUUACCAAAUGUCAGUUUUAAAAUGAACAAUUCUUGGUUUUCCUCUAUUUUGUAUUACUUAAAGGUAACCCUCUUGCCAGAGCGUAAUCUGUCACUGGUGGCUCAGCAUAAGUAGUUACAGCCCUGUGGGAGGGGCCUAAUCUUGUCAGAACAAACUCCCAUCCAAUCACUUGAAAGCUGUUUAGUUUCCAUGACUACUGAUUGUGGCAUAAGAGGAGCAAAAAUAUUUUUUUGUUUACUACUAUUUUUUUACAUUUACUUUUUUAAAGAUACAAGACAGUAUAUUUUAAUUGCAAACUAAGCAAAUGUUAUACUCAAGUAAUGGUCACCAUUUAAAUAAGGCAUAAAAGAUUCAGUUGAUGUUUUCUUAAAUGUGGAUUAUUAUGUUUAAUGUGAAUAUUAUUUUUGUAUCUUAUACGUUGGUAGCCCUUUACACUCGUACCCGUAUACAGGUAAAAAAUGGCAGAUUUGGGGCACUAAUAAGCUCCUAAAUUGGAACGUAGUGGCUGUACAGUAACAUGCUAUACAUGACGUCAGAGCUCUGGCUGUGUGCCUCCCAGCGCUGUAUGGGUUUUGACUGACAGCCGUUCUGAAUUUGAGCACCGUGCACAACAAGAAGUUGCCCCCAUCCCUCCCGGUAACUGGCCAGCUUUUGAAAUGUUUUUGUUGUCUGAGUGAGCAAAAUGCUAUAAAUUAAGAUUACUAAUUUUGAAAGAUGAGAAUUUGAGGAUUAUAAUAAAUACCGCUUUGAUGUCAUACAAGCAAGCUAAACACCUGUGAGUCCAAAUGUGCACUUCACAUUUCCACAUCAUAAAACUCAUGUUUACUACAAUAUCAACGUUUAGCACCACCAUGUUUGAUGUAGUUACAAGAUGACAUGGCAUCAUACCCUGGGUUGUUCUGAACAGAGUGAGCCUGUGUUUGUUUAUUGUGAAGAAAACUAGAGGCUGCACACGCACCUGAAUGCACUCAUGACUCCUUUCUAUGCGCCCCAACAUUACCAUCUGUUUCUCUGAACUGCCUUGUGAAAGCCUAACACUGUAAGAUUGUAUUUUAGAACAAAUGUUGGCAAUAGAACAUGCUUCCAAAUCAUGCCCACAUUGCAAUUUAUAAUGGACUGUUUUUGGAUUGCGUAAACAACAGCAGUAAUUGUGUGAUGGCGGGAAUGCAGGGUUGUGUUCCAAAUGAAACAACUACAAGUGUGCUUGCUCUAGUUCCUCAACAGAACAGCUAGGAGAGGUCAAAAAACACCUAGUUGAAGACUCUUCUUUGAGUCAUAAAAGUGCAUUGAAAUGACUUAGGAACUGUGGACACGUUGGAGAGGUGUGUGACCACUUGGAGACACCAGUGUGUCCUCUCACUCAAACCCUUGUGUUGUUUUAUGUUGCACCUUUUCCUACAUUUUCCAGGAAUAGUCUUGUCAUGUUACUGAAUGUAUCCAGAGUGUCAUCAAAUGCUGUGGAAAAUACAGUAAAUGUCAAAUGCACAUAUAAGCAACAGUGUAAUGUUUGGAAUCAGUCUUGUUAGAUGAACUGUUGGACUCACCUUUGGUCUAAUCAUUUUCAUAUUAUCUCCAAACUUUUCCCUUUCAAUUGCUACCAUGGUUAUGCAUAUGCUUUUCAUAUUUAUUCUGUAAGAAACAUUUACAUUUAGCCCUAACCGUAUAAGCCAAUAAAACAAUGCUAUGCCUCGGCCCUAAACUGUGUGUGCACAGGGGCAGGCUGGCUUGCGCUAAAGA